UUAAAAACGUUAACGGUUUCGGUGGUUUUCAGUUGUUUCAUUACGGGUUGAUGUCAUUUUAUGUGCGUGAUAUCGUAUAAAGUGUACCUUGAGUUAGAAAAAAAACUAUAAUAAUAGGUCCGUGAUAGAUUUACGGAUGUCGAUAUGACUAUCUUAUUGGAAAAAUUGAUGCUGACAUUUACGGAAGUGCAAUUCGACAGAAGAUGUCAUCCCAAGUGGAUGCAGAAGCUAACAAAAGUGUUUCAAACGGCCGAUGAGGAGCGGUUUAAAAAAGCAUUCAUUUCUUGUCUACUUAUACCUCUUGGCCAUGGGGAAAAGCAUUCAAGGGUCGAGAACACCCUGCAGUUUGCUGCAAAAUUUGCCGUAAGCAUACAAUCUCGAACAGGCGAUGGUAACGAGGAAGAACUGUGUCCGUUUCUCGUUAGCCUAUUUGAUUUUGUAUUGGAUAAUCAUGAUGUUGAGGAUAGGGCACUUAGAUUUCGAAUGUGUUACUUCUUGAAUAUGCUGCUGAAUUCCAUGGGAGACAACGCUGUCCUGGAUGAUGCUCUGUGUGAUAAAAUUACUACUUGUAUGACCGAACGUUUGCUUGACAAAAUCCCCAAGAUUAGGGCACAGGCUAUAUUUGCACUGUGUCGACUUCAGGAUCCAAGUGAUGAGGAAUGUCCUGUUAUUAAAGCAUAUAUAUUUCACCUAUCAAAAGAUCCACAGGCUGAGGUUCGUCGAGCCGUUUUACUCAAUAUGGGAAAGAAUAAGAAAACUUUGGCAGCUGUGCUCAGAAGGACUAGAGAUGUUAACGAUGGAGUCAGAAUACUGGCCUACAAGUUUGUCAGUAAAGUAACAGUUAGAUCUUUGACUAUUGAACAAAGGCAUACUCUCUUGAGCGAUGGGAUGCGUGACAGAUCUGAGAAGGUCAGCAAAUACGUCAAGUCAGAGUUACUGCCCAUUUGGUUAAAGAAUUACAAUGGAAACUUUAUAAAACUUCUACGUGCCCUAGAUUCUGAGACUACUGUGGAUACUUGUGUUCUUAUGCUUGAAGUAUUGUUUAAAAACACACCACUCCGCGAAAUUGUGGCAAGUGUGACUGUAGAUGAAAAUUCAAGGUUGAUCCCGCUGGACAAACUGUCUAGUGAAAACGUUAUUUUCUGGAGGUGUACCGUGGAACAUUUACAUCGUGAGGGCUGCCAAGAUGAACUCUCCAAUGUAUUACCAGAUCUUGUGAAAUUCUGUCGAUAUAUUGAGGAAUUCAUGGAACUCAUGAAUGUACCAUCAUGUGAACUUUGGGAACGCACUACUCGGCGUUUUAUUCUCACUCAGCUUUUUGAAAUUGCUAAAACUUAUGAGCUGUCAGACGAAUUUGGCAGAAACUGCCUAAAAGAGCUUAUUCUGAACACGCUUAGAUCAGAUAAUACAUCCAAUGGUGUUAUCGAUUGCAUCGUUCGACAUUUUGCUGCCGUUGUUCCCAAUGCAGAACUCAGGUGUGAUCUAUUAGUUGAUGUCAUCGACAAACUGAGACUCCCACCGGUGCAAGAAACUGUGCCGAUGUCAGAAGCGGAAAAACAUGAGAGAGAUAUGAAGAGGGCUAGACUGAGGGUUAAUUUAUUGGAGAUCGAGGAAGAGCAAUACCAGGCAGUUAAAGAUAAAGAUUUCUUGAAAGCAGAUCACUUGAAACAGCAGAUCCAGAUUUUCAAGGGUCAAAUCAACGAGUUGAAUGCAGAGCCUGUGGUAGAAGAAAUGCAGGAAGAUGACGUAUGUAUCGAUGACCCAGAAACGCUGGAGAAAUGUUUGCAGAUAAUGUUCUCGAUGAUGCAAAGUGUGGACGUUUUGUUCCCAGCAUUACGGACCCUUCUGGACGAAAUGGUGCUUCCUGCUCUAGACUAUUCCGUAUGCAACGUGAUCAUCCUGGCCUUAAAAACAACAAGUGUUUGUUGUAUGCUAGACGAAACUCUUGCAAAAAAAUAUAUUCCAAUAUUUUUUCUACAAUUUACUGUGGAUAACGACGACAUUUGGUUAGCUGCAUUAAAGGGAAUUUUCGAUCUGCUCGUAUUUUACGGUCUGGAACGUCUUGGUAUGGUUACAAGUCCCGAAACAAAUGGUGAUCCCCCGGCGGGUAACGGAAAGACAAGAACCAAAAGUAUUAGACUUUACAACCAUACAGAUGAAAAUGAUAUACCACUUGCUUCGGAGCAAGAUCACAGUGCUAGACACCGAAAUAUUAUCAGUAUUCUCACCGGUCUAUUGGAUAACACUAAUCAGGAUUUGCGUACGAUCGCAACAGAGGGUCUUUGUAAGCUUUUGCUGCACCGAAGAGUAACGAGCGUGUCCUUGUUGUCACGUCUUAUUAUUUUGUGGCACAACCCUGUGACAGAAGAUGAUACGUACCUGCGACAAUGCUUGAGCUUAUUUUUCAAUCAGUUUGGUAACGCAGUACCUGACAGCCAGGAGAUGUUGGAGCGUUCUCUUCUCCCAAGUUUGAGAAUACUGGCGAAUGCGCCGGACAAAAGCCCGCUGCUAGAGAUCGAACCAAUCAAAGUUGCACAGCUCAUCUUGCAUCUUACUAAUCCCAUUGAUAGAGUUGGGCCGCUUGCCUAUUGUGCUCACAACAACUUGGCUCUUGCUAUUAUUGCAGAGGCCUUAAACGCAGAUAGUGAAAUUGAUCUCCAAGUUCUUGUUCGAAGUUUGAGAUACUUGAAUGUAAAGUUGGAGAAUGAUUCGAUGAUCGAAGAACUACUAGCGGCUACCGAUAGUCUCAUAGCUAAGACGAAGGAAAUCGAUAAACGCAUUCACCCUGCAAUAUUGCACUUUAAGAAAAGCUUAUGUCCAAGUAAUGAGGGGAAUGAGGUAGAAAAUGAGGUAUUGGCUGAAGACGAUUCUGAAAAAACUACCGACCACCUGCCCUUGGUAUUCUAGCCUGGCCAAAAGCUUGAGUUAAGUACCUGUAACUAAGUUAUUCAUUCAUUUUAUAGAAAUGGUUCUUUUAUAUUCGAUUGUUCACUCAUGCGAAAACAAAAGUCGUUUAAUUCGUUGACACACUGACAGUAACACGAAAAACUCGCAGUGUCAUGUAUUGUCUUUAUUGCGUUUUUCAUCACACUAUACUUGUGAUCCAAUAUUACGGAUAAUCGAUUGCUAAUUGGUAGUCGUAGAUCCCAGUUAUAUUUUAUAGAGAGAUUGCGGCGCCAGGCGAGUGGGUGGUAAGUAAUAAAGUGUAAUUUCAUAAAUAAUCGUAUCAUAGAAUAAUUGUUUAUUCAUACAAUG